AUGCCUCAAAACCCAAUUCUAGAAGUGGAGGUAUUUGAUGUAUGGGGUAUAGAUUUCAUGGGAUCAUUCCCAUCAUCUUUUGGCAAUAAAUACAUCCUCGUAGCUGUUGACUAUGUCUCCAAGUGGGUGGAAGCUGUAGCAAGUCCCACCAAUGAUUCUAGAGUGGGGAUCAAGAUGUUCAAGAGCUCCAUCUUUCCAAGAUUUGGAGUCCCAAGAGUUGUGAUCAGUGAUGGAGGAUCUCAUUUCAUCAACAAGCUGUUAGAGAAUCUUCUCAAGAAGAAUGGUGUGAAGCAUAAGUUUGCAACCCCUUACCAUCUGGAAACAAGUGGUCAAGUUGAGAUCUCUAACAGAGAAAUCAAGUCUAUUUUGGACAAAACUGUGGGAACUACUAGAAAGGAUUGGUCUAUCAAGUUAGAUAAUGCACUUUGGGCUUAUAGGACUGCUUACAAGACUCCUUUGGGAACCACACCUUUCAACCUUGUACUGAAGUUGUUUCCCGGGAAGCUCAAGUCAAGAUGGUCUGGUCCUUUCAAGAUAAAGGAAGUUAGGCCAUAUGGGGCAAUUGUGCUAUGGGACAAGAAUGGUGGAGACUUUACAGUCAAUGGACAAAGAGUUAAGCUCUACAUGGUACAAAUGGGGAGAAAGGAUCAACACAAGAUAGAAACCGAGAAACAAGAACAUGCCAAGCAAGAGACUGCUAGACAUGGGAAGCCUUUAACCUCCGAAUCUACAACAGGAGGAAAUUCUAGGCAACAAGCCCUGGCGGUAAAGAAGAGAGGUGGCAAGCGGGUUAUAAUUUCCGAGGGAGUGGAUGCUAGCGGUAGAAG